UGCCCUUUUCUCCAGUCUGCAGAGAAGAGGGAAUGCUGAGGCAGUGAGGCCAGCAGGAACACAGGAGGAAACAGAGAAGGAACAGUGGAACAAGCCAGGGUUUUGUGUUUUUGUUGUUCUUGUUCUUGUUGGAUUACUUCUCCAAACACCACAGACUCCAUGUUCUGUCUCCAAGCAUGAAGGACUGAUACACCCUCCUGCACAUUCUGGUCAACGUAGGUAAGAUCUGGAAUUAGACCUGAAAUUCACCAUGGAAGCACCUGGGACAAUGUCUCUCACCCUGGCCAUCCUCCUCACCCUACACCUCCACCGCCACUCCGUCCUCCUGGUCUGGGGGGCCAUGGACUCCUGCUACGAUGACGACGGGCGGCCCAGCCGCUGCAUGCCCAAGUUUGAAAACGCCGCCUUCAACCGCAGCGUGCUGGUGUCCAACGCGUGCGGCACGCCACCUGAGGACUACUGCAUGCAGACGGGCUCCACGCGGCUCUGCCACCGCUGUGACGCCGCCGACCCCGAGCACAGCCACGGCGCCCGCCUGCUCACAGACUUCCACACGGACCAGGAGCCCACCUGGUGGCAGAGCCAGUCCAUGUUCUACGGGGUGCAGCACCCCAACUCUGUCAACAUCACCCUUCACCUGGGAAAGGCCUUCGAGAUCACCUAUCUGCGCCUGAAGUUCUACACCAGCCGCCCGGAGAGCUUCGCCAUCUACAAGCGUCUGGAGCAGGGCGGGGCCUGGCUGCCCUACCAAUACUACAGCGGCUCCUGCCUCAAGACCUACGGCCGGGACGCCAAGGGCUACCUGCGGCCCGGGGAGGACGAGCGCAGCCCCGCCUGCACCGAGGAGUUCAGCGACAUCUCGCCACUCACCGGGGGCAACGUGGCCUUCUCCACCCUGGAGGGCCGGCCCAGCGCCUACAACUUCGACCAGAGCGUGGUGCUGCAGGAAUUUGUGACAGCCACAGACCUGCUUAUCUCUCUGGACCGACUCAACACCUUUGGAGAUGAGUUCUUCAAGGACUCAAAGGUUCUGCGCUCCUACUUUUACGCCAUCUCAGACUUCUCCGUGGGUGGCAGGUGUAAGUGCAACGGCCACGCCAGCGAGUGUGUCCAGGACCAGAGCGGGGUGCUGGCCUGCGUCUGCCAGCACCACACGGUGGGGGCGGACUGCCAGCAGUGCCACCCCUUCUACCAGGACCGGCCAUGGGCCCGGGCCACCGGGGAGGCAGCCCAUGAGUGUUUGAAGUGUGAUUGCAGCGGGAGAUCAGAAGAGUGCUUGUUUGAUAUGGAGCAGUACCGCAGCUCGGGCCAUGGGGGGCGCUGUCUGAACUGCAGGGACAACACGCAAGGCCCUCACUGUGAGCGAUGCACAGAGAACCACUACCGAGCCUCCCCGCAGGACCCCUGUCUGCCCUGUGACUGCAAUGUGGAUGGCUCGGAGCAUCUGCAGUGUGAUGUUGGGGGGGGGUGUGCGUGCCGGGCCACCGUGACGGGGGCCAAGUGUGACACAUGUCAGGUGGGCUUCCACUCACUAGGCCCGACCGGCUGCAGGCCGUGUGGGUGUGACGCCCGGGGGUCCGUAGGACACUGCUCCCUGGAGAACGGAGAAUGCUACUGCAAACCCAACGUGGAGGGGCAGGCCUGUGACAGAUGCAAGCCUGGCUUCUUCCACCUGCAGCAGUGCAGCCCAGCAGGGUGCCAGGCCUGCUUCUGCUUCGGACACUCUCUGGCCUGCUCUGCCUCCACCCAGCACGGAGCCAUCAACAUCACCUCUCACUUCCACCAAGACCAGGACGGCUGGCUGGGGGAGUUCUCUGGAGGGCAGCAGUAUCCGCUGCUCUGGAAGGAAGGGGAGGUCUACCUACUGCCUCUGGAUGAGCAUGACACCGGCUUCUACAAGGCCCCGGACAAGUUCCUUGGGAACCAGAUCAACAGCUACGGCCACUUCAUCUACUUCACCUUCACCUCCGAGACGCCCGAUCUGCUUCCCGGCCGCGUCACGGUGUUGCUGGAGGGGGGCGGGGUGGACGGGGGGCCCCUCCGCCUGUCGGCCGACUUCCCCCCACUACCGCCGCCAUCGUCAUCAUCUUCAUCAUCGCUUGGCAGAGCACCCGUGCACACUUUUGCUGUCAGGCUUCAUGAGGAGGAGGUGUUCAGGCCCACCGUUACCUCCUUCCGGUUCCGCCAUCUUCUUCACAACCUGACAGCCUUCAAGAUCAGCAAUGCAGGAGGACACAAUUACACCUCCCAGCUCUCUGGAGUACGGCUGGCCUCGGCUGCCGUCCCCUCCUCGUCCUCCCCCUCCCCCCUGGCUCCGGCCCCCUGGGUGGAGGUGUGCUCCUGUCCCCGGGGCUUCGCCGGCCGGCUCUGUGAGUCCUGUGCGCCGGGCUUCACCAGGGAGACCCCCCGCGGCGGCCCGCUGGCGCCCUGCGUCCCCUGCACCUGCCACCAGCACGGACCCUGCCACCCAGAGACUGGCACGUGCGAUUGUUCUGAUUUCACCGCCGGGACAACCUGUGAGCAGUGCCUUGAAGGUUACUAUGGUAACGCUCUGAUUGGCACGCCGGGCGACUGCCGACCUUGCCCCUGCCCGGGUCGUACCAGCUGCGCUCAGAUCACUCAGACGGGGGAGGUGGUCUGUACCAACUGCCCAGCGGGGCGGGCGGGUGUGCGCUGUCAGAAGUGCGAGGACGGUUCCCACGGCGACCCCCUGGGCCAGGCGGGACCGGUUCGAGCCUGCGCUCGGUGCGACUGCAGCGGGAACGCGGACCCCAAUGCGGUGGGCACCUGCCACCACCUGACCGGCCGCUGUCUGAAGUGCCUCGGCCACACGGAGGGGGAGCGCUGUGAGCGAUGCCAGCAGGGUUUCUAUGGCGACGCCCUGAACCAGACGAUGACCCAGAAAUGCAAAUCUUGCAGCUGCAGCCCCACCGGGACCUCCGGCCCGGGGGGCCAGUGUCACCCCCAGACCGGACACUGUCACUGCCUCCCCAACGUGGGCGGGAGGGACUGCAGCCGCUGCCAGGUCGGCUUCUUCCACCUCCAGCCUGGCCAUGGCUGUCAGGGGUGCGACUGUAAUUCCAUUGGCUCGUCCUCCACCGCCUGCCAUCCAAUCACAGGCAUGUGUAUGUGCCGUGCGGGCGUUGAGGGGAGGCAGUGUGACUCGUGUAGGGCGGGAUUCUUCAGCUUCUCGUCCCGCGGUUGUCGAGCCUGUAACUGUGACCCCAUGGGUUCCGUGUCCAUGCAGUGCCAUGGCAACGGGACCUGCCACUGUCGCCAAGGUUUCAUGGGUUAUAAGUGUGACAAAUGUCAGUUGAACUUCUACCACAACAGAGCAACGCACCACUGUGAGGCAUGUCCAAUCUGUUACGGCCUGGUCAAGGACAAGGUGGAGACGCUCGGAGCCCAGCUGGCCCACCUCGAGAGGCUCCUGGCUCGCUAUGACUGCCGUGGCCGGCGCCUCCCCCCUCUGCAGAGGAGCCCCGCGGACCACCAGGGGGAGGACGCCCUGCCCAACGCCCUGGAGGACAUCCUGGCUUUCCAAGAGGCCCGUGAGGCGUUCAUCCAGCGGUUCUCUGCCCUGGGGGCGUCCACCCACACGCUGUCGGCCCAGCUGCAGGGCAUCGCCACGGCGAUGGGCUGCGGAGCAGGUGGAACAGCGGCAGAGUUGACGGAGGAGGAGGAGGAGGAGGAGGGAGUGGAGGUAGUGGAGAGGAGCAAGGGAGGAGGUGUCGCGUGUCAAACCCUCGCCGAAUCCGUGGUGAUGGUCAGAGCAUCUGACGAACGUCUGAAGAAGGCGACUCUGGAUCUGAACAACAUGAUAAUUCCCUUUGAGCUGGCGACAGGACCGAACAAAUGGAACAUCAUGGUCAAUGACUCACGGGCUCUAAUGAAAAGUUACGAGGGCAUGGCCGACCGCAUCGAGGGCGUGGCCCGCGACGCCUUGAGGACCUCCAACCAGACCUUUGUGAUGCUGCUGGACCUUCUGCAGGACAACUCCACACACACCUUCAUCAGAGGGCUGGAGGAGCGACUCUCUGCCAUGCAGGAACUCAAGAGGAACCUCACAGCCACAGCCAACCAGACCGUAGCCAAUCAGCUGGCUCUGGGGGAGGGUUCACUCGCACUCCACAUUUCCCUGGGUAAUAUUACCUCAUCCAUACGUCAGAUGGCGCUGACCGACCCUGGGUCCGACCAGACCACCAACCACUCAGCAGAGGGGCUGUUGAACCGGACCGCUGAGCUGGCCCUCCACGUGCAGACCAAAGAGGAGCUGGUCAGCACCAUCCGGACGGAGAUGGAACCUGUGAUCCAGGCCGCCAUCAGAAACCUGGAGAAAGACUUCCUGGAAGAAAUCCAAGAUAAAAAGGCUUGCAUUGAAGGGGCGAAGGUCAUUGCUUUGACAUCCGUUGUGUCAGCGAAAGAGAUGGAAUCUCAAGUCAUUACGCUCCACAAAGAGAUGGAAAGCAUGGAGAGGGACUGGCCCCGCCUGCAGGCCCAGACGCGACUGGCCGUGAAGAAGGAGAGGCCGCUGGAGGAGAAGGUUCUGGCGGACGUCAGGAAGAAGGUGAAGCAGGUGGAGAAGAUGCUCAACCCGGCGUUGGGAAACACGCGUCUCUCCAACGCCACCGCCCAUGAGGCCCUGGAGACGGCCACGGCCGCCGCAAACGAGGCCAAAGACAAUGUGGUCCAGGCCAAGCAGACCCGGAGUGCCUCCAGGCACCUUGGGACCCAGGUAGAGGCCACCAUUCAGCAGCUGGCCCAGCUGGAGAACAGCUCAGCCAUCGCCAGCACCCAGCUCACCUCAGAGCCUAUGAACCUGAGGGUGGUGAAGGAGGACAUGGAAGCAGCCAAGCUCCAGCUGGAGCUCUACGCCUCCACCCUGACGGAGCUCGUCAGUAAGAUCGACGGCCAGGUGAAGCUGGAGCGCUUCGACCGGAUCCUGAACGAGACGGCCCUGCGGCUGCGCAUGCUGAGGGGCAGCGUGGAGAGCCCCGCGCUGGGCGGGAAGAUCCAGAGGCUGCGCUCGGCCGCCCAGGAGCAGCAGGGCCGCCUGGCCUCCAUCGAGGCCGACCUCCAGGAGAUCAGCCAGGAGAGGGACAGCCUCAAGGACAUUACCCUCAACCUGCCCAAGUCCUGCCCCCAGCCCACGGGGGCCGGCUAG